UUAGAAAACUUGCCAAACAAAGACUACUCUUGGUUUGAGCUGAUGCAAAUUUACGAUAAGAUAUCUGACUGCGUUUAUAUCUAUAACAAAAUAUACGCUACGCAGAUUCUCAUAAUGUUGAAUUCGUGGCUACUCACAACGAUUCUCGUGAUAUGCAGAUCUCUAACGCCAGCAUUGAAGAAUACCAAUAUAAUACGCACGGAUAUGUAUUAUUAUACUUUUAUUAAUGUUCGCCCGUUCUUCUUGACGAAAAUCAGUGAAUCGUUCAUACACGAGAGAAGAAAAAUGCUGUUGUACUUAAUACAUGUAUUGGUACAUCAGGAAGAAGGUACCGACUACGAGGACCAAAUCCGAACGAUGUUGGAUCUAGUACAGAGCAAGCGGCUGACACUGUCGGGCGUGGUAUGCGACGUCAACCUGUCCAUCAUGUGCUCCUUCGCCGGCCGAGUCAUCUCCUACGCGAUCAUGUUCAUACAGAACUUCUAUCUCACACAAUGAGUUCAUACAGAAACUCUAUCU